GCCGCCGUUCGUCGCUCGCCGGCCGGCGGCCUCGCUCGGCCCUCAGCUCCGUGGCGGCGGCGGAAGGCGGCCGGGCCUCGCAGGCCCAUGGCGGCGGCCGCGGCGCUCCCAGGCGCGGGCGGGCCUCCCGCGGGCGGCGGGGCUGGGGGCGGUGGGGGCGCGGGCGGUGGGUCCCCGGCGGGUGGCUGGGCCGUGGCGCGCCUCGAGGGCCGCGAGUUCGAGUACUUGAUGAAGAAGCGCUCGGUGACAAUCGGGCGCAACUCGUCGCAGGGCUCGGUGGACGUAAGCAUGGGCCACUCGAGCUUCAUCUCGCGGCGCCACCUCGAGAUCUUCACGCCCCCGGGCGGCGGCCAUGGUGGGGUGGCCCCCGAGUCGGCGCAGCCCGGGCCCGACGCCGGCGGCGACUUCUACCUGCGCUGCCUCGGCAAGAACGGGGUGUUCGUGGACGGCGUGUUCCAGAGGCGCGGGGCGCCUCCGCUGCAGCUGCCGCGCGUGUGCACAUUCAGGUUCCCGAGCACAAACAUCAAGAUAACAUUCACUGCCCUGUCCAGCGAGAAGAGGGAGAAGCAGGAGACACCUGAGUCCCCAGUGAAGCCCGUGCAGGCCCACAUCUCGCCCCUGACCAUCAACAUUCCAGACACCAUGGCCCACCUCAUCAGCCCCCUCCCUUCCCCCACAGGAACCAUCAGUGCUGCAAACUCAUGCCCAUCCAGCCCCAGGGGAGCGGGGUCUUCGGGAUACAAAAUGGGCCGUGUGAUACCGUCUGACCUCAAUUUAAUGGCCGACAGCUCACAGCCAGAAAAUGAAAAGGAAGCUUCAGGUGGAGACAGCCCAAAGGAUGAUUCAAAGCCACCUUAUUCCUAUGCACAAUUAAUCGUACAAGCAAUUACGAUGGCUCCUGAUAAACAACUCACCCUAAAUGGAAUUUAUACGCACAUCACUAAAAAUUAUCCAUACUACAGGACUGCGGACAAGGGCUGGCAGAAUUCAAUUCGCCACAAUCUCUCUCUGAAUCGUUAUUUCAUCAAAGUACCACGUUCCCAGGAAGAACCAGGCAAAGGCUCAUUCUGGAGGAUAGAUCCUGCCUCUGAAAGCAAAUUAAUAGAGCAGGCUUUUAGGAAAAGACGGCCUAGGGGCGUGCCUUGCUUUAGAACCCCUCUGGGACCGCUCUCCUCUAGAAGUGCCCCAGCUUCUCCCAAUCACGCUGGAGUGCUGUCUGCUCACUCCAGUGGUGCCCAAACCCCCGAGAGCCUGUCAAGGGAAGGUUCACCGGCCCCCCUGGAGCCUGAGCCUGGGGCCUCACAGCCCAAACUCGCCGUCAUCCAGGAGGCACGGUUUGCCCAGAGUGCACCAGGCUCACCUCUGUCUAGUCAGCCCGUUUUAAUCGCUGUGCAACGGCAGCUGCCGCCAACGAUCAAGCCCGUCACCUACACUGUUGCCACCCCCGUGACCACCUCGACCUCCCAGCAGCCCGUCGUGCAGACAGUUCACGUCGUCCACCAGAUCCCAGCGGUGUCUGUCACCAGUGUGGCUGGACUGGCCCCGGCAAGCACAUACACUGUUGCCGGGCAGGCCGUGGUCACUCAGGCUGCUGUGCUGGCCCCUCCUAAGGCAGAGCCGCAAGAGAAUGGAGAUCACAGAGAAGUAAAAGUGAAAGUAGAACCUAUUCCUGCGAUUAGCCAUGCCACGCUAGGCGCUGCUAGCCGGAUCAUUCAGACGUCACAGACCACCCCUGUCCAGACGGUCACCAUAGUGCAGCAGGCGCCUCUAGGUCAGCACCAGCUACCCAUAAAAACUGUAACGCAGAACGGGACUCACGUGGUGCCCAUCCCCGCCGCCAUCCACGGCCAGGUGAACAGUGCAGCGAGUCCUCUGCACAUGCUGGCGACACAUGCAUCGGCGUCAGCCUCCCUGCCCACAAAGCGCCAGAACGGCGACCAGUCAGAGCAGCCGGAGCUGAAGCGAGUCAAGACCGAAGAUGGCAAGAGUAUUGUCAUUGCCCUGAGUGUGGACACGCCGCCGGCAGCCGUGAGGGAGAAGGGCGUCCAGAACUAGCGACUGGGAGAGCUUUUCUUCCCUUAACAUCAACUCUGUGGUGCCAAAAGGAGACACUGCCUCUCACCGACGCUCGGAGCGCAUACUCUCGGUGGGUAGAGGGCCCUGCGGUUGGACGUCACCUCAGCACUGAAAACACAAAACCCAGGUGGCCUUAAAACUCCUUAAUUUAAAGACAGAAGUCACAUUGAACAAAACACAUGCAACAAAACCUGGUUCUGGCAGUGUCUCCCCACCCCGCGCUCAGCUUUUAACUCCGAGUAAAGACUCACAGACCUUCCAAGUGAGGAUGGCGCCUGGUGCAAAGCGGAUCUGCUGGGACAGGGGCCCCCUCUAGGGGAUGGGGCAGGAGCCACCCUGCCACCCUCAGAGGACCUGCAGGGCUGGCACUGGUGGAUGAGACAGUAUUUUGUUCACAUGUGGAAUUAGAAUAUCUUGAGGUAUACUUUCUUUCUUUACAAAAUAAUGGGGUCUUUGACAUUUCAGAUCACUCCAUUUCUACUCUGGAAAUUUUGGAAUCACACAGGACCAUUCGUGUGGAUUUCAUUUGGGGAAAAGAAACAACGUAGUUUUGUUUGUUUUUAUUGUUUGUUUUCAGCCUAUGGAAUGAUUUACUUUUGUCUGUCCUGUUAAAGUUCAGAUGGAGCUACUUGGUGACAUUGCGAAUUUUCCGUGUUAGAGCAGGUGCCAGAUGAAUUUAAUCCACCUCCGUUUCAGUGACGGACGAUGACAGACGGACGCCCGCGGGCUGCACGGAAAUACAACGGAAAGGACUCCGGACUCCUGCCGGACUAGCGGCCUCAAGGAGCUGCACUUAACUGGUUCUCUUUCUUGCUACUUUUUGUUGUUUGUUUAUUUGUGUUGACUCUAAGUAAAGUAAGUCUCCCGAGUA